GCGCUUGCCUCAGAUUUGCUCGUGUCAUUGUUGCUCGCAGCCAAGACGAAGGCGAAAGAGGGAUGGGCGUCUUGCUGGACUGACCCAGCCCUCUCUGAAGAAAAAAUAAUCAUAAUAAAAAACGACAUUUCAACUGGUGUUGAGCUGCAGCUGCGAUGCUGACAUGAUGUAGAGAUGCCAUUUCUCUCCUCCGCGGAUGCAACAGCUUCAAUGAAGUGAUCUCGUCUUUCCAACUGGAGUCAUUUUCUUCGUUUUCGUUUUUUUGAUUUUUGAACUUUUACAUUUGGGCAUUUUAAGGAGGAUGAAUCAGCGGAAAGACUCGAGCAUUAAAGCCGUUCAACUGCUCUCUUAGAUCUAAAAAGAAGAAAAAAAAUCCAAACAACAACUGUGCUUGUGGAUGAAGUGCGUUUUGUUGUGAUGCGUCUCUCCUCCAUUUCCACUGAAACCACUUCGGAUUUUCCCUGUUGGAUCUGUGCGUUCCCAGAAUGGCUCGUUUCACUGAAGACCACCCCACCCGCUACGGAGGGGGCACUGGCGGCAGCAGCAGUGGAGGGCGAGGAGCGCCGGGUGCCGGGAGAGGAGGCGCCCGCGGUGGAGGCGCUCCUGGCGGCCAGAGGAUGUACAAGCAGACGAUGGCCCAGAGAGCCCGGACAAUGGCUCUUUACAACCCCAACCCCGUCAAGCAAAACUGCUUGACUGUGAAUCGCUCCCUGUUCAUCUUCCGAGAGGACAACCUGAUCAGGAAGUAUGCCAAACGUAUCACAGAAUGGCCUCCCUUUGAAUACAUGAUCCUGGCUACAAUCAUCGCCAACUGCAUCGUCUUGGCCCUGGAGCAACAUCUGCCGGCCAGUGACAAGACGCCCAUGUCAGAGCGCCUGGACGACACAGAGCCCUACUUUAUUGGAAUAUUCUGUUUUGAGGCAGCCAUUAAGAUCAUCGCCCUGGGCUUUGCGUUCCACAAAGGCUCCUACCUCCGUAACGGAUGGAACGUAAUGGACUUCGUGGUCGUUCUCACCGGGAUCCUGGCAAAAGUGGGCUCCGACUUUGACCUACGAACACUGCGGGCUGUCAGAGUGCUGCGCCCCCUCAAACUAGUGUCAGGGAUCCCCAGCCUCCAAGUGGUGUUGAAGUCCAUAAUGAAAGCCAUGGUGCCCCUGCUUCAGAUCGGCUUGCUGCUUUUCUUUGCCAUUGUCAUGUUUGCCAUCAUUGGGGUGGAGUUUUACAUGGGCAAAUUCCACACCACCUGCUUCAACACUGACACCGGUGAAAAAGCAGCUGAAUGGCCUUGUGGUCUGGAGCCCCCAGCCAGGUUGUGUCCAAAUGGGACCCAGUGCAAAGAAUAUUGGACUGGACCCAAUUUUGGUAUAACAAACUUCGACAACAUCCUAUUUGCCGUGCUUACGGUAUUCCAGUGCAUCACUAUGGAGGGCUGGGUGGACAUCCUCUACAGCACCAACGAUGUAGCAGGAAACACAUGGAAUUGGCUCUACUUCAUACCUCUCAUUAUCAUUGGCUCUUUCUUCAUGCUUAACUUGGUGCUUGGUGUCCUGUCAGGAGAGUUUGCUAAAGAGAGAGAACGUGUGGAGAAGAGACAAGAGUUCCUGAAGCUUCGGCGGCAGCAACAAAUUGAAAGAGAGCUCACCGGAUACCUAGAAUGGAUCUGCAAAGCUGAGGAAGUGUUGCUGGAAGAGGAAGAUGAGAUUGCAGAGGAGAAGUCACCGCUGGAUGGUGCGUGGUACAAGAGGAAACAAAAUCUGCCAGUCCUGAAACGAAGUAAAAACAAGAAGGGUAAAAAUGACCUGAUCAGUGCUGAGGAAGGGGAUGAUCCAUUUGUUGACAUCUCCUCUGUUGCUCCUCCCGGUUCUCCUUUUGGUCGGGCCAGUGUGAAAAGCAGCACUAAGAUGGACAGCUCUUCUUACUUUCGUCGUAAGGAAAAGAGGAUCCGUUUCUUCAUCCGGCGGAUGGUAAAAGCGCAGAGCUUCUAUUGGAUCGUUCUGUGUCUGGUGGGUCUGAACACUCUGUGUGUGGCUAUAGUCCACUAUGAUCAACCCGAGUGGCUUACAACGGCUCUAUACACAGCUGAAUUUGUAUUCCUGGGUUUGUUUCUCACGGAGAUGACCUUGAAGAUGUAUGGCCUUGGACCAAGGAACUAUUUCCACUCGUCCUUUAACUGCUUUGAUUUUGGGGUGAUUGUGGGAAGUAUUUUUGAGGUUAUCUGGGAUAUGAUCAAACCCGGAGCAUCAUUUGGUAUAAGUGUGCUGAGAGCCCUAAGACUGCUAAGGAUCUUCAAAGUCACUAAGUACUGGAACUCCCUGAGGAACCUUGUGGUUUCCCUACUUAAUUCCAUGAAGUCAAUCAUCAGUUUGCUUUUCCUCCUCUUCCUGUUCAUCGUUGUCUUCGCUCUGCUGGGCAUGCAGCUCUUUGGAGGACAAUUUAAUUUUGAGGAUGAAACACCGACAACAAACUUCGAUACCUUUCCAGCAGCCAUUCUCACUGUGUUUCAGAUUUUAACGGGGGAGGACUGGAAUGCUGUGAUGUACCAUGGCAUAGAGUCACAAGGCGGUGUCCGCCGUGGGAUGUUCUCUUCUGUCUACUUCAUUGUCCUUACACUUUUUGGAAAUUACACCCUACUGAAUGUUUUCUUGGCUAUCGCUGUUGAUAAUCUUGCAAAUGCGCAGGAGCUAACUAAGGAUGAAGAAGAACAGGAGGAGGCAGCCAAUAAGAAGCUUGCUCUGCAGAAAGCGUUGGAGGUGAAGGAAGUCAGUCCCAUGUCAGCAGCCAACAUCUCAAUAGCUGCUUUUGUAAAGCAAAAUCGAGACGCACUCUCUCGCAGGUCGUCCAUCAACAGCAUUCAGUCACUCAAGGAACAACAACGGGCAGCCAAAACCAUGUCAGUAUGGGAGCAGAGAACCAACCAACUGAGGAGACACAACAUGAGAGCGAGCAGCGAGGCUUUGUUUAACGAGCUUGAUCCAGAGGAGCGCCUACGACUCUCGUCUGUUCUCCAUCUCCAUCCUGACAUGAAGACUCACCUGGACAGGCCCCUUGUUGUGGAGUCCAGGAACAGCGACGAUCCUAACAGACUUCCUGAGGAAGGACAGCAAGACAGCACGGGAGACAACUUCCAUUCACACACCAGGAAACACCACCGCCAUCGGGACAGGAACGGCGAGGGCAGGGACGGAGGUGAUGGCCGUGCAACGAGGCAUCACACCCAUCACAGCCGGAGCAAAGAUCACAAUAGCAACGGGGCUCAGAGUAAAGAGAGGAGAGGGGAAAGUAGCCACAGUCGAGAUGAGGGGCAGAGACGCAGGCGGCAUCAUCACACAGGCUCUCCUGAAGAGGAGAUCUCUGAUGUCCGAGGAGGAGGUGAAGAAAGAGGCCAUCGCCAUCACCACUCACAUCGUACACCAAAAGAGGGAAAUGGGACAUUAGCGAAUGGUGCCCACGGAGAUCGUAGGGUCCGGGAAAGAGGAGGGGAUGGUAAUGGAGAAAGAAAAGCACGUUGCUCUAGAAUGGUCAGAGCCCAGUCAACUCUGGAUGAAAAUGAAAGCAAAACGUGCAAGAAAGGUCAUAGGGAGAUGCAGUCUGAUGGUGAGGAAGAGGGUCUUGCCACCAGUCAACUCAGUCUUGGAGACAAGCAAGAGGACGCUGACAACCAAAAGAACUCCACAAGAGCCAGCCAGGCCGGCCUUAACAGCAACACCAUUCACAUCCCUGUAACCAUAACUGCCCCACCUGGAGAGACCACCAUUAUUCCCAUGAACAACAUUGAUUCCGGCAACUUCAGAGUGAAUGAGGAAAAGAAAGCUCUGGAAGAGGAUGAUGCUGUCAGUAGGCCUCGGCAAAUCCUCCCCUAUAGUUCCAUGUUCAUCUUUGGACAAACAAACCCGGUGCGGCGGCUAUGUCACUACGUGGUCAACCUACGCUACUUUGAAAUGUGCAUCCUGAUGGUCAUUACCAUGAGCAGCAUUGCCCUGGCAGCCGAGGACCCCGUUCAGUCCAAUGCACCGCGUAACAACGUCCUCAAGUAUCUGGAUUAUGUCUUCACUGGAGUGUUUACUUUUGAGAUGGUGAUAAAGAUGAUUGACUUAGGACUGCUCCUCCAUCCUGGCUCCUAUUUUCGUGACCUAUGGAACAUUCUUGACUUCAUUGUGGUCAGUGGCGCUCUUGUGGCGUUCGCCUGCUCAGGGACAAAAGGAAAGGACAUCAACACCAUUAAGUCCCUGAGGGUCCUCAGAGUCUUGCGGCCGCUCAAAACCAUUAAACGUCUGCCCAAACUCAAGGCUGUGUUUGACUGUGUUGUGAAUUCCCUGAAGAAUGUUCUCAACAUCCUCAUCGUCUACAUCCUCUUUAUGUUCAUCUUUGCGGUGAUAGCUGUGCAGCUUUUUAAAGGCAAAUUCUUUUACUGUACUGAUGAGUCCAAAGGUCUCGAGAAAGACUGCAGGGGUCAAUUUCUGGACUAUGACAAAGUGGAACGUGGACGCGACGUUGAAGCUCAGCCCAGAGAGUGGAAGAAAUAUGAAUUCCACUACGAUAAUGUUCUUUGGGCCUUCUUAACGCUUUUCACUGUUUCCACUGGAGAGGGCUGGCCUCUUGUUCUGAAACACUCAGUGGAUGCCACGUAUGAGGACCAGGGCCCCAGUCCAGGCUUCCGCAUGGAGACAUCCAUCUUCUAUGUGGUGUACUUUGUGGUGUUCCCUUUCUUCUUUGUCAACAUAUUUGUGGCUUUGAUUAUCAUCACCUUCCAGGAGCAGGGAGACAAAGCCAUGUCUGAGUGUAGCCUGGAAAAAAAUGAGAGGGCUUGCAUUGACUUCGCCAUAAAUGCCAAGCCGCUGACAAGAUACAUGCCAGAGAACAAACAAUCCUUCCAGUAUAAGAUGUGGAAAUUUGUGGUGUCGCCUCCAUUCGAAUAUGCUAUUAUGACUCUAAUUGCCCUCAACACUGUGGUGUUGAUGAUGAAGUUUUAUGGAGCACCAGACCUAUACGAGUCCAUGCUGAAAUACUUGAACAUCGUCUUCACUGCGCUCUUCACUCUGGAGUGCAUCCUUAAGCUUAUUGCCUUUGGUCCACUGAAUUACCUGAAAGCAGCCUGGAAUGUAUUUGAUUUUGUGACGGUGCUGGGAAGCAUAACAGACAUCCUGGUGACAGAGAUUAAGGACAAGAUGAUUAACCUGAGCUUCCUUAGGCUGUUCAGAGCGGCUCGACUCAUCAAACUGCUACGACAGGGCUACACCAUUCGCAUUUUGUUGUGGACAUUCGUUCAAUCUUUCAAGGCCCUACCAUAUGUUUGCCUGCUAAUUGCAAUGCUGUUCUUCAUCUAUGCCAUUAUUGGAAUGCAGGUAUUUGGUAAUAUCGAGCUGAAUGAGGAGACUGCAAUAAAUCACCACAACAACUUCCAGACCUUUUUCCAGGCUUUAACUCUUCUCUUCAGGAGUGCCACAGGUGAAGCAUGGCAUGAGAUCAUGCUAUCAUGCCUCAGUAACCGGUCAUGUGACCAACUUUCAGGAAACAUAGGGAAGGAGUGCGGAAGUGACUUUGCAUACUUCUACUUUGUCUCCUUUAUUUUCCUCUGCUCCUUCUUGAUGCUAAAUCUAUUUGUUGCUGUCAUCAUGGACAACUUUGAGUAUCUAACCAGGGACGCCUCCAUCUUGGGUCCUCAUCACCUUGAUGAGUUCAUCCGUGUAUGGGCAGAGUAUGACCCUGCUGCAUGUGGCCGUAUGAAUUAUCGCGAUAUGUACGAGAUGCUUCGAGACAUGUCCCCUCCUCUAGGUUUGGGAAAGAAAUGCCCACCCCGCAUCGCCUACAAGCGUUUGGUCAGGAUGAACAUGCCUAUUGCUGAUGACAACACAGUGCAUUUCACCUCCACGCUAAUGGCCCUGAUUCGCACAGCCUUGGAGAUCAAGCUGGCAUCUGGAGUCUUAGCCCAACAUUUAUGUGAUAUUGACCUGAAAAGAGAAUUAAACAGAGUUUGGCCCAGCUUGUCGCAGAAGACUGUUGACCUGUUGGUGACACCACAUAAAUACAAUGAGCUGACCGUGGGGAAAGUGUAUGCAGCUCUCAUGAUCUUUGACUACUAUAAGCAGAAUCGUGCCAAGAGACUCCAGCAGCAAAAUCCUUCAGGAGGGGUGCAGAGUAAACUGGGGGCUUUGUUUCGUCCUAUUCUUCCCCUUGGUCACAUCAAGGAAGUAGAGCAACCGAUACCAAGUCCCAAACAGCUCUUGCCUUUACACCCAGAGUCAGACUCAAAAACAUCACCUCUUCUCCCUGUCACAACCACUGCCACCACCUCAGUACAGAAGGACACAGUUCUUGACCAGAAGAGUUCCAUAAAACAUUCCCAAUCUGGAGAUGUUUGUCAGGCAGCGCUGAGACCCAAAGGGCGCAGGAAACUACAGAGGGGCCAGUCAGAAGAUAUGCAGUGUUCCAUAAGGCCUCAGGAAGUAGUUGAAAUGAAGCCAGUUGAAAACAUCUCAGACACAGAGACAUACCCUGGCCUGGAAGGCCACAGUAGAGCAGCUUCUUUACCUCGACUCAAUACAGAGUACUAUCGGAGCCACCCUCGCCACGCCCCUGGGACCCACCUGGCACCGAUUGUUGACCUCAGUCCCAUAAGACGCUCCGCUUCCUCGCUGACCCCACACCACCACCAGGAGGUUGUACUAAGAGACUAUAACCUGACACAACCAGGGCAACAUCAAUCAUCAGCAGGGUCUGGACCAGUCCAAGGCCAGGACCGCGUCCAUCACCAUCAUCACCACCACCGCUGCCACAGACGCAGGGACAAGGACAAAGAGAAAAAGCAGAAAUUCCUGGAUAGAACUACAUCAGUGCAGGCUCCAACUACUGUUGGUUCAUUCACAGACCCCUCAGCUGAAGGCAUGUCGAGGGAACGAGCCAGGGAGCGUGAUCGCAGUCGCCCACACGAGAGAAGGCAUCACUCUUCUGCAGGGGAGAAACAACGCUACUACUCCUGUGAGCGUUAUGGCUCCAGGGAGACAAACCAUGCCAAGUCAGCCGGUCCAAGCCGAUCCACCUCUCCAGGAGAGGGACAAGACACUGCUGUCCCUAGACAACAUGGUAGCACUGGGUAUAAACCCACCCCCUCUGGUUCAAGCACACCAGGUCGUGGUCGCAGGCAGCUUCCCCAAACACCCCUGACUCCUCGUCCUGCUGUGGCCUACAAGACUGCAAACUCCUCCCCUCUUUCUUCUGCUGCCAGCACCACUAUAGCCGGACAGCACACUCGUGUCAGCUGUGGCCUUUCAGAACACGAGCGCUUGCAUGGGGACAAUGACCGCUCCCCGAUACCGGUCACCUGCAUUGGUUCAGACCCAAAUUUAGACCAGCAGCUGCAGGGAACUUCUCAACAACCGUUUAUUGAAGAGACAGAGGACUUCCAGGAUGCUGUUAGCAGCCAAGUAUUGUCUCACACUGCCCGUGCCGGUGCCUCCGCAACCACCUCAUCUUCCCAUGGUACUGCUGCUGCUUCUGUACCCGUCACGGCAGCAGCCACACAAGGGGGUGCAGAUGUGGUACCUAACGGGUACCACUUCACCUUUGGGGUAAGCGCUACAUCAAACAGCAGAGGAACAGGAAGCCUCAGGGAGAGAGAGGAUGAGGACUGGUGCUAACAUGUAACAAUAGUCAAGAGGUUUUUCCCAAUCCACCGUUGAAGGAGCAACUUGUCCAUGUUGCUCAUGUCAGGUCGCGUGAGCUGGUCAAAGGGGAAAGUGGAAAAAUAGUCAGUUCAAAGUGCUGUCAAAGGUUGCGUUGCAGGAUUCUAGUGUUACUUUCCUUCAUACACAAAAAGGGGUCAAAGGAAGCAGAAGGCUGAACUUUUCUUCCCCUUUUUAAACCCUUGUACCACCGAAAUGAUUUUGACGACCCUUCAGUAUUUUGCCUUGGCCAGUGGUGUUGAAGGCUGAAACCCAAACUCUUGAAGCACUAUGUUUUAGACUCAUUUGAAUGCCUCAUUCUUGAGCUACUUGGAUGCUUUAUUUUGUCUUGACAUACAGGCCAGGGGUUUGGGUGUAUCUUGCUAGCACCAAAAUAUCUGGCUGAACGGUGAUGGUUGACCAUGAAGAUUUUAUGUAGGUCUCGGAACUUUUCUGAUUCACGCAAAGAUCAACAAGUGUCACUUGAAGGCAAAAAAAACAAACACGAGCCAUUUUCAUGGUCAAACUUUGUUCAAAUUGGGUGGUGCAUGCAGGGACUAGGACAACAAUAUUACUGCAACAUGUGGCCGAAUACUAAGUGCCUCAUUUUACAAGAUGUGAGCAGGAGUCUGGCUUCUAGAGUUGGGUGGUCUGUGUUUAACAUACAGUCAAGCAUGUAAGUGUAUACCCAGCUGAGAAAAACGGGACAACAUAAAGCUGUUUUAAUCUAUUAUAAUGGUCUCAAAAAAAAAAUCAAGAAAUAACUAAAAAUAGCAUUUUUAUAUAGAGUCUUGUAGUUGGUGAAUCCAAAUUAAUGAUCCAAAGUCACCAAUGUAGUGCAUGCUGAAGUCUUGAACAUGUCAAAAAAUUGUGUCUGUACUUUAUUUAAGCAUUUGCCUUUUACUUCAAACAUACUGCCAGUCCAUUGAUAAAAAGCAGGUGGUCUCUCAAAGGACAAAAGUGCCAUUUUUGAAAUAUCAAAAUAUAACUCAAGUCAGAAACAAAUGUCCACCAACAGAAGUGAUGAUAUUGAAGUAUGCACAUAGGUUUUGUGUGUUUGAGCUCUAACAACUCCAUUUUUUUAAUUUGUUAUUUUAGUCAUCAUCCUUUCCUUAAUAUUAUGGCCACACAAUGAACAAAAGAGAGGAAUGCAGAAACAAUUUCCACACAACCAGUAUAACUGAACAAUUACAUUGUUAAGUCAUUUAGAAUUUAAAUGUCUGAUGGAGGGGGUCACCAACAUGGUGCCCACAGAUACUAGGCACCCUCAAGAACCACGAGUAGUUUGGAGGCCUGUUCUAAGAAUACCUCACCAAUGAUGGGAUGAGUGAGGAAUGUUGUAGGAGUAAUCAUUGUUUUAUAGAAAUAAAUUGUUGCAUCUUGAUAUUUAUCUGUUUCCUACCUUGUUAAGUCGUUCUUGAUCAUGGUGAAAAAUCAAGUUCACCACUUCAGAAGCGUGUGUCAAAUUGGUAGCCCUUCACAUUAAUCACAAUCAUCUUUAAUGGCCAAGUAUGUAACAAUACACAAGGAAUUUGUCUCCGGCAAUCGUUGCAACUGUGGUACAACAUUCGCGGUGAGUAUUGAGAAGAAGAACAAACUAACAAGAACCAAGAACGAUAGACAUUCAAUUAAUAGGGAACUAUUCCUGGAAAGGAGUCAAAAUUGUGCAAAGAUGGAGUCUUCUAGCAUUUAGAGCAGUUAGAGUAUGACGACCCCCCCCCACACACACACGCACACACACACAUAAACACACACACACACACGUUAUGUUAAGCUUAUCAAUAUCCAAGAAGUAGCUUUCAGUUUCAAAAAGACCCCUGAUCCAACAAAAUCACCACAUUUUUAAAGAAAUGGUGAAAUAAAUAUACCAAAGACUACUUUAAAAGGUGAAAACAUUAAAUGAGAGUUUUUCACACUCUGACCUUAAUUCAGUACUAUUUAAAAGCAUCGAUAGUGUUCCACCCCCUCCUGUGUGAAGUGCAUGUAUUUAGCCACUUGCAUGGGUUUUCCCCAGAUACUUUGGCUUCCUCCCAUAUUCCAAAAAAACACAUCUUGGUUUUAUUGAAGCGAAUGACCAGACCAAGCUGGUUCCCAUCAAUCACCCAAAGUCAGCUGGGAUAAUCUCCACCUCACUCACAAACAAUGAGGGACAGGUUCUGUGUAAAAUGGAUGAUUUUGCAUUGCUGCCAUUCUGUUGAUUUGGGGAUUGAGGGCAUGUGUGGCCCACUUCUGUGCAUUCUUGAUUAUAUCAUUUUUUGUCACCAAAACUAUAAAUCUGUUUCCCUACUCUUCAUUUUCCCCUGAAACUGGAGUGAGUAAGUACUGUCCAGACCUUGAACAAAGAUCAGAACCCAGAGUCUUUGCAGAAAAUCACAGACAAAGCAUUUUCCAAAUUCUUUAAAACGACUUCUGUGUUCGCAUGUGAGUCAGUGUGGUCAGGUUUAUGUUGCAUGCAUGUGCACCCUCUGCAAAUCUCUCCAUCACGACCUUGCAAUGACUGUUGUUCAUCUCUCCAUUGUCAUUAUGGUUGUUGAAAUUGGAUGACGGGUUUUAUCGGUUCAUCUUUCUUUUCUGUAACAUUUAGAUAUAUGGUCUCUUGUCUAGAAUCACCACACAGAUCUCAGGGUACGUAUAUCAGGCACUUGAAAGCUCAGUGAGUCAUAAUGAAAGCCUAAGAAGAAAUAGUGAGUCAACACACAAAACGGGAGUUAUUGGCCUCAAUGCAUCACUCAGUAACUAUUAUUACACAAUAAUAGGGAUGCAUAUCAGAGAAACAUCUUAAUCCUUUACUUAAACUUUACUCUCUCACCAAUGGAUUAUUUCCUGGCCCAUACUCAUCAUGUUAAUGAUUUGAUUUGUUGUUGAAUAAUUCUUGCUGGGGUUACAAACAAUAAUUUUCAAUAUAUUAUGGUUGCCCAUAUGAGGCAUGGUGUGCUUUAUAAAUGAAAUCAUGUACAAAUAUGGAAAAUGUAUCUUUGUGAGCAAUCGUACAUGCUGACACAACUUCAUAAGAACAAACAGUGUGAUGGGCCACGUUAGUUUUGUAUUGUUAAUUUGAUAUUAUUUUGAAAUCGUAACAAAAUGAUUAAUAAGCAACAGAAAAAAAACAAAAGAUUUGAACAAAAAAUAAAAAAGUGAAAUCACACAUUUGAAAAGGAGGAGGAAGGAGUAAAACUUGUUUCCCCAAAUUAAAUAUGUCCAUAUGCAUCACAAAUGACUUUUGGAUUUGUUGUCUUUUGUCUUAAAUAUUUAGGUGUGUAAUAUGUUGUCAUAUAAACAAAGAAGAAAGAAUGUGAGAGCCCAAACCAUUUUUUUUUGUAUACAAGCUACUAUGUUGAGCAAGGCAACACUAUAGUAUACACUGCUGGAUAAUUAACAAUGGGUGUUUAUAGUGAGAAAAUGAUUCAUUUGGAUUGUGGUUUCACAUUUUACAGUGUCCUCACCUCCCUGUCAGAAACAUAUGUUGUUUAUCCUUCCCAACUGUGUUGGAAGUUUGGCGAGUCGUCGUGUCAUUCUUAAAAACACAGGCCAUUAGCCAUUUUGACUCCAAGGAUGUUUUGGAUUUGUGGAUCAAAAAUAGACAAUAUAUUGAACUUCAUCAGGGUGUCCAAUGUCUUCAAUCAACUUUUUCUAUGGCCUCCCAUUGGACAUUUCCUGUUUGCAUGUUCUGAAUAGAAAUGUGCAUGUGCAAAAAUGGAGGGGAAAAAAAACCCCAACAACAUCAAGAUGUUCAUCACUUUGAUAAUUUGCCUGUUGGGUUUAUGAAGCUUUAUACAACCAGAGUUUAAAUCUAAUGAACUUGAAUACCAUUGUCACAAAGUCUCCACAAAUUCUCCUCCCCAAAAAAGUGGAAAUGUUUUUGCAGAUUGGUUCUAAAGUGUCUCAAUCCUUCGCUGCCUGAUCUGUUACUCAACUGACUCCUGCACAGUCAGUCGAACUGUAUCAAUUUUGUAUGAAUAUAAAUCCUUGAAUAAAGAAGAAUGAUUAUGAAAUAGCUCUCUUACGUUCCAGUGAACACCACAUUUUAAUCUAUAUAAAUAUUUACAUACAGUAUAUGCAAUUCAGUGGUGCCUUGACAUAGAAGCGAGCCGAUAUCUUUAGAUAAGAGCUGUCAUCGUGGCAAUGAACUCAUCUAAUUUCCUAAGUAGCAGCGAUUUGGUAGAUAGAACAGUAGAAAGCAUCCUAGAAAAUGGAGCUUCAUUGCCACUCGCAGUUGCAGUUGAAUGUUGAACUAAUUUUCAAAUAAAGAGAAUUCAAUGUGUAUUUAAAGCAAUCAAACCACUUCGCCCAAAUAAGCAAAUGGGAAAAAGGCCUCACCUGCAAGCAGGCAAGAAAGGAAUACGUUUGGCCCGGCUAUACAUUUGUCCAUUAACAGCAGUCUGAAGCCAUCAACCCAAUUAAUUACUGAAAAAAGCUGAAACCACAUCAAUUCCGUUGACCACAGAUGCACAACAGCAAUGUCACUUCCAGGUUUUCAGGUAAACCAACCAGAGCCCUGUGUGUUCGUACUAGAUAUCAGGAUCAAUGCAAUACACUAUUUCAUCUACAGUGAGAUUUUUGCACCAGUUCCCUCUCUGUCCCUUCUUUAGAUCCACAUUCAGUGUGUCUAUGUUUUACAGGACCUACUUUUUUUUUCAUUUUGAGAAAUGAACCAAUUCUCACGGCUACUGGGAUGAACCCUGAAAUGUAGGAUGAAUGAAACCGUUUGGCAUCAGCAGUAUAUGUGCAGUUCAGAGUGCUCUGAAGAUGUGCAAUGUGAAACGUAUGAAAUAGCAUAAACAGUUGUGAGUCUCAUUCGUUUUGUUUGUGUAUGCAUGACUGUAUUAUACCGAAAUGAAGGGGUUAUGAUGCAUAAAUUGUAUAAUUAGAUGAUUGGCUCUAAUUACAUGAUGUAUUUAAGCCUUGUGUGUUGUGGUACUGGUUGCCAGUUCGUUGUAUGAGACUGUAUUAGUCUGUGUGAUUAUACGAGCUUCUUGUGUAUUUUCCUCGUUGUCACGGUCAGCAUUCCUGUGCCACCACAGCCAAGUCUAGUUAAGUCUUGUUUUUGCCGAGUAGUUAUAAAGAUGACCUUUUCAUGUUUUUGGACCCUCCCUUUUGCCACUCGUUUUUGUGCGCUUGCCUUUGUUGA